GUCGUUAUUAGGAUUUUCUUCCGGUCCUUUUUUCAGUUAGUGCAACAUUCUAUCAGGUUAGUUGAUUGAGUUGGGAGGUGGCACCUUCGUGAUGACCAACUCACUAAGACCUAAACAAAAAGAGAAAAUAAGUUUCUCUCCAAUGGAGCAGUUGUUUUCAUAUACUUUCUUUUCUUUUGUGGGUUUUCAUAAACUUUAAUCUACAUUAACUUUGAUCUAAUGCUUAAAAGGGAAACAUUUAACAUUUGAUUUGUUAGCAAAACAGUAGAAGAUCCUAUUUUUAUGCUAUCAAAAACAAAAGACUUUGGAAACAGAGCUUUAAGUGUUCAUCUUCUUUUGGAUUGAAAUUUAACAGAUCAAAAUCAGAAAAAACAGCCACAAAAAAUGGGGAGGUCUGAAAAAGAAGAGUGGAAUUUCAAUGGUGUUAUAGUUACAGUGUAUGAAGAAUCAUCUACAGCUGGUCCACGCCCUCAGAAGAUCAGGGCCACACACUCAAAGUCAACAGCAAGAUCAUGUGGCUAUAAUCGUCGUGCUGAGCUCCUUGCCUAUGCUCAUCACCUUCGAAAUGUGGGUCCCCAAAUGGUUCAUCAAGAUCAUACCCCUACAAAUUUAGAACUACCCAAGCCCAAGAGGAGGAGGAGACUGUUGGCUCGACUAAAAGCACUCAGAUUCUCCUUUGGGAAGACAUUCAGAAGAGGGAAAAAGGAAUGGGUAUAUGAAAGCGUCGAGUCGAGAGGACGUGAAAGUAAACUCCGAUCAUGCCCUUAUCGCCGCCGUGGGAAGGUUGGGUGGAGUAAAUUCUCUAAGAGGUUACGACGUGUGCUGAAACAGUUUUCAUGUGGUUGCAAAUGCAACAAGGGAUUUGAUCAAAAUGAUGAGCAACUUCAAGAUUUACAUAACACAAUCUAGUCUGUAAAUAUAUGCAGGAUACUAUUUGAUGCUGUAUCAUGUAUGAUAAAUCUUUACGGUUUUUCAGAUGAUUAUUUUUCUUCUUUGUUAAACCUAUAUAUCUUUACAUAUCUAUAGGAAACUUACAUUUUCUAAUUUAAGUUUUAUUUUUCAAA